AUCCUCGGGGCGGACGGCGGGGCUGAGCGCGGUGGUGAUGGGAGGUGGGGUCCUUUCGCGGUCCACCUGUCCGCUUGUACCCAGCGGCCUCCGUAGUCCCAGGUCCAAGAGGCGCUGUGCAGCUUAGCACGCGCCCCCCUCCACCAACAACCGACCCCGGUCUCGAGCUCUCUCCGGCGUGACUACGGUGGCCCGGGAAGCCCACACGGCUAAGCGAACGCUAGCCCCUCAGCCGCGUCAGGCCGGCUCCGGAGCGUGUCCUGCGGAGGCUUUUCGACUCAGUCUCCCCCUUCCAAACAUCCCCUCACCGGCCCGGCCCUCAGCACCCGAGUCCGGCUUCAAGCGCUGCUGGGUGACUACGGUGGCCCGGGAAGCCCAAACGGCGAAACGAACGCGAACCCCUCAGCCGCGUCAGGCCGGCUACGGAGCGUGUCCUACGGAGGCUUUUCGACUCAGGGACGACUCCCCCUUACAAAAGUCCCCUCACCCGAGCCCGGCUUCAAGCUCUCCCAGGGACCGAGCGGUGACUACGGUGGCCCGGGAAGCCCAAACAGCGAAUCGAACGCGAGCCCCUCAGCCUCGUCAGGCCGGCUCCGGAGCGUGUCCAGCGGAGGCUUUUCGGCUCAGGGACGACUCCCCCUUCCAAACAUCCCCUCACCGGCCCGGCCCUCCUCACCCGAGCCAGGCUUCAAGCUCUGCUGGGUGACUACGGUGGCCCGGGAAGCCCAUACAGCGAAUCGAACGCGAACCCCCCCUCAGCCGCGUCGGUCAGGCGCCCGAGCGUGUCCUGCGGAGACUUUUUUUUUUUUUUUUUUCCGGCUCAGCAACGACUCCCCCCAUCCAAACAUCCCCUCACCCGCCCGGGCUCCCAUCACCGGCGCCCGGCUUCAAGCUCUACGUUGGGAACGAGAGCGGGGGGACUACGGUGGCCCGGGAAGCCCAAACGGCGAAGCGAACGCGAACCCCGCAGCCGCGUCAGUCAGGCGCCCGAGCGUGUCCUGCGGAGGCUUUUCGGCUCAGGGACCACCCCCCCCUCCAUCCCCGCGCCCCGGUCCAAGCGUCCCCACACUUCCGGCAUGCUGAGGCUGCGGUGGCCGUCGUUAGAGGAUCAGAGAAUACUGGCUCAGCAGGACUGGCUGUUGUGCAGCCAGCAUCAUGAGUAAGCACGGAGAAGGCUGGCGUUUAUUAUGUGUGUAGGGGAGACGAGGUUUACACCAGUCUCUUAAGCAGUGUUUUCCUCACUGAUGGAGAAUUACUUCCAAGCAGAAGCUUACAACCUGGACAAGGUAUUAGAUGAAUUUGAACAGAACGAAGAUGAAACAAUUUCUUCUACUUUACUGGAAACAAAGUGGACUAAGAUUCUAGAUCCCUCUUCCCGUGGGCUGCCCUUUACCCCUGCCCUGGCCAGUGUGAACGAGAGUGCAGCUCCCCAUGAGUCACGACCACCGCUGAAAGCCUUGUCCCUGAAGAGGGAGGGCGAGGAGCACCGUGCUAACGGCCGAGACCGCAGCCCGAGGUCGGAGGCGGCCGCCAUGUGGAUUGAUGAAAAUGCCGCAGCCGAGGACCAGCUGCGUAAGAGAAGCUGUGGUCGGGAUGACCAGCUUCGUGCUCUGGCGGCGGGAGAAGAGACGCGCGCCAGCCUCACCUGUCUGCCCGAGGAGAACGUUCUCGUCGAAGCCGUCCCACAUAAGUGCGACGGAAGGACAUCACAGGGGCAUUUUCACGGUUGUAAUGAUUACAACAGUCAGCCCCUCCUGGACUCCUCCAGCUGUCCACCGGACAAUGAAAACACACAAACCGAUCAGUUUAGUUUUAGCACGAACGGGUCCACCGACAAAACCAUGAACCCAGAAAAGCAAACGGAUCCUUCGAACAGACCAAAAACAGAGGGGGCCCCCGUUAAUCAUCUAUGUAUGACUUCAUCGAAUAGUGUGGACAGCGUCUCCCAAUUAAAGCAUGGUGGAAAUCAAGAUCAAGACCCCCCCACGCCCGCCGCUGCCAGUUUACCCGUUAGUUCCGUAGUCUCGUCCCAGGGAAGGGACGGAGGGCCCACAGGUAAGGAGCCAGGGAGCCAUUUAGCCAGCGAGGAAUUCACCGGCACAGACAGCUCUCCUGCGACAGACCGAGGAUGCCUCAACGCCCUGUCCCUCUCCACGGAGGAGAUGGUGACAAAAGAACCAGCCGAGGGGACAGGGACUGAGGAAUCCCUGCAGUGUGGCUUAUCUUCCUGUGUCACACCAGAUGUGCCCAGCGGGUCUGCAAGGAAUAAUAAUUGUGAACAGUCUUCAGACUGCCCUGUGCCUAGUGAAGUGAGAGUUGAGGAAAAUGACGGGCACGGGCACGAAGAAAUUCCUGGCACUAUGGGAUCCCUUAGCGUGACCGAGCCUUGCUCUGACUCUCAGAUGACCGACCGGGAAUUUACCAAAGCCAGUGAGACGGGUGACACCCACGUCGGCGAAGGAGACCGGGACGCUUCCCAGACCAGCACGGCCGACGCCGGUGAGGGCACAGGAGAGGGUGCCAGGACGGCGGGUGCAGCUCUAGAUUCCAAAGGCACCUGUGUGGGCGAAAGUGGCGGACGCGGUUCCCCCGCCUCUGACGAGGACAAGGACCCUGCAGCUGCCAGUCCUCUCUCUAAUGCCUGUGAUUCCUAUGGAAUGCAGAGCCCCGCUGUCUCUUUUGCUCCAAAGACUCUACCCUCUAAAGAAGACUCAGUAACGGAGGAAAAGGAAAUCGAGGAGAGCAAGGCCGAGUGCCACUCAGCGAUUUACGAACAGAGAGGGGAUGAGGCCACAGAAGGGAGUGCACUUCUUCUAAACAGCACUGGAGACCUGCUGAAGAAAAAUUAUUUACAUGAGUUCUGUAGUCAGGUCCCCUCAGGGCUUGGGCAGUCCUCCCCCAAGCUCGUAGCAAACCUGCAAUCUGUCAGCGUACCUUUUGGUGGCGCAAGACCCAAGCAACCGUCUAAUCUUAAACUCCAAAUUCCAAAGCCAUUAUCAGACCAUUUACACAACGACCUUCCUGCAAACAGUGGAAAUCAUCUGAAAAACAAGAAUGAUAUUCUUGGGAAAACCCGAUUAGGGGAAAACUCAGCAACCAAUAUAUGCAACGCGUCUUUGGGAAACAUCCCUCCGACCGACACAAAUGGGGAACGUUUAGAAAGUUAUGAGGCUGAGAUUUCCAGUAGACCGUGCCUUGCAUUAGCCCCAGAUAGUCCGGAUAAUGAUCUCAGAGCUGGCCAGCUUGGAGUUCCUGCCAGAAAGCCAUUUACCACCCUGGGGGAGGUGGCUCCAGUAUGGGUACCAGAUGCUCAGGCUCCAAACUGCAUGAAGUGUGAAGCUCGGUUUACAUUCACCAAAAGGAGGCAUCACUGCCGAGCGUGUGGGAAGGUCUUCUGUGCUUCCUGCUGCAGCCUGAAGUGUAAACUGUUGUACAUGGACAGAAAGGAAGCGAGAGUGUGCGUCAUCUGCCACUCGGUGCUGAUGAAUGCUCAAGCCUGGGAGAACAUGCUGAGCGCCUGCCCGAGCCCUAACCCUAACAACCCUGCUGAGUACUGUUCUACUGUCCCUCCCUUGCAGCAGGCUCAGGCCUCGGGAGCCCUGAGCUCUCCACCUCCCACUGUGAUGGUCCCCGUGGGAGUUUUAAAGCACCCUGGAGCGGAAGUGGUGCAGCCCAGAGAGCAGAGGAGAGUUUGGUUUGCUGACGGGAUCUUGCCCAAUGGAGAAGUUGCUGAUGCGGCCAAAUUAACAAUGACUGGGACUUCUUCUGCAGGCACCUUGGCUGUGUCCCAUGGCCCGGCCAAGCCCGUCCCUGCCAGCCCUCCGCCGGCAGAGGCAGACAGUUCUCUACUCUCCGGGAGCAUAACUCAGGUCGGAAGUCCCGUCGGAAGCGCAAUGAACCUUAUUCCUGAAGACGGUCUUCCUCCCAUCCUCAUCUCCACUGGUGUGAAAGGAGACUAUGCCGUGGAAGAGAAACCAUCACCGAUCUCCGUGAGGCAGCAAUUGGAGGACGGUGGCCCUGACCCUCUUGUGUUCGUUUUAAAUGCAAAUUUGUUGUCCAUGGUUAAAAUUGUAAAUUAUGUGAACAGGAAAUGCUGGUGUUUCACAACCAAGGGGAUGCACGCUGUGGGUCAGUCGGAGAUGGUGAUUUUGCUACAGUGUCUGCCAGAUGAGAAAUGUUUGCCCAAGGACAUCUUCAAUCACUUCGUGCAGCUUUAUCGGGAUGCUCUGGCAGGGAAUGUUGUGGGAAACUUAGGACAUUCUUUCUUUAGCCAAAGCUUUCUUGGCAGUAAAGAACAUGGCGGAUUCCUAUAUGUGACGUCCACCUACCAAUCCCUGCAAGACCUCGUGCUCCCGACCCCUCCGUACUUGUUUGGGAUUCUCAUCCAGAAGUGGGAAACCCCUUGGGCCAAAGUCUUUCCCAUUCGGCUGAUGUUGAGACUUGGAGCCGAAUAUCGGCUUUACCCGUGCCCUCUGUUCAGUGUCAGAUUCCGGAAGCCAUUGUUUGGAGAGACGGGGCACACCAUCAUGAAUCUUCUCGCAGACUUCAGAAAUUACCAGUACACCCUGCCGGUAGUUCAAGGUUUGGUGGUCGAUAUGGAAGUCCGGAAAACAAGCAUCAAAAUCCCCAGCAACAGAUACAACGAGAUGAUGAAGGUCAUCAACAAGUCCAACGAGCACGUGCUGGCGGGAGGCGCCUGCUUCAACGAGAAGGCGGACUCCCACCUCGUGUGCGUUCAGAAUGACGACGGGAACUACCAGACCCAGGCCAUCAGCAUUCACAACCAGCCCAGGAAAGUGACCGGUGCCAGUUUCUUUGUGUUCAGUGGCGCUCUGAAAUCCUCUUCCGGAUACCUUGCCAAGUCCAGCAUUGUGGAAGACGGCGUGAUGGUCCAGAUCAGCGCCGAAACCAUGGACGCCCUGCGACAGGCGCUGCGGGAGAUGAAGGACUUCACCGUCUCCUGCGGGAAGGCCGACGCCGAGGGUCCCCAGGAGCAGAUCCACGUCCAGUGGGUGGCUGACGACAAGAACGUCAACAAGGGGGUCAUAAGUCCUAUAGAUGGGAAGUCCAUGGAGUCUAUAACAAACGUGAAGAUAUUCCAUGGAUCGGAGUAUAAAGCGAAUGGGAAGGUCAUCAGAUGGACCGAGGUCUUCUUCCUGGAAAACGAUGACCAGCAUAACUGCCUGGGUGACCCCGCUGACCACAGCCGGCUCACGGAACACGUGGCCAAGGCCUUCUGCCUCGCUCUGUGUCCCCACCUGAAGCUGCUGAAGGAAGACGGAAUGACGAAGCUGGGACUGCGGGUGACCCUCGACUCAGACCAGGUUGGCUACCAGGCGGGCAGCAAUGGCCAGCCCCUGCCCUCUCAGUACAUGAAGGACCUGGACAGCGCCCUGGUGCCCGUGAUCCACGGCGGGGCCUGCCAGCUCAGCGAGGGCCCCGUCGUGCUGGAGCUCAUCUUUUACCUCCUGGAAAGCAUCGCCUCGUGAGCACCGCCCGCCGGCCCUCUCCGCGCCCACCCGGCCCUCUCCGCGCCCGCCUCCCGCAGCGGCAGCCACACCUGGACCAUUUGCACUUUACAACUGGAAGAUGGAGCUUUUGUUAACACUAUUGAUGGGGACCGGGGAGAAGA